CCCGGGAUGCGGACUUGCUGAUCGAUGACAAUCACGCUAUCGCAUCUGACCUCCAGCAUCAUGUGGAGAUGCCUAUGCAGCUCGGCCAGCUUGAGCAGGCCAUGAAUAUGCUGUCGAUAUCGACGAUGAGGCCUGAUCCUCUUCCGAACGGCGUUGGCCCUCCGUUCAGCCUGUGGUACGCUCCGUUGACGCGCGAAAGUUUCACGAAGGCGUACUUCCAGCAAUGGAUACUGAAACAUCUCGUCGACCAGACCAUGCUCAAGGUCGAGGGUCGCGAGAUCGACCUGUACCAGCUGCACUACGAGGUCAUGAGCCAGAACGGCUAUCUGAUCGGCUUUCAGCACACUGCGCCGAAUCGGCCUUUCCAGUUCGUUCCCACUCUCGUGAUCUCACAGGAGCAGUGGCCGGUCAUCGCGGGGCGGCUCGGGUUCGUUAACUUCCCUGGUAACGGCCAUGAGCCAGCGAGGUCAGGGCCUGCUAUCGCGGUUCACAUCGAGCAGGUGUACAAGCGGUGCCUGCAGUACUUCGACAGCCAGUAUCUCUGCCACCUCUUCCACAAUCGACGGCUUAGUACACUUGAACAGAAGGUCAACGGUGGCGACAUGUCCGCCGGCCCAUCAGGCCCCGCGGAUCCUCAGGGCUUGAGCAACAUGAAGGACCCGAAGGCCCUUGGCGAGACCAUCAGCUACGCGGAGCUCUCCGCCCCCGAGCUGCAGGCGCGCGGCGUGCCGGACCACAUUAUCGCGCUCGUUGAGAAGCACCGCGACCAGCUGAAGGCGACGCUCCAGCAGCAGCGCAACUGCGCGAAGAUCAUCCAGAUCGCAGCGCAGGGUCAGCCGCGCGACGUCUCGAAUCCUGAGAUGGCGAUCGCGAACGCGAUGCUCCACCACCAGGCGAACGGGAUGAACAGAUCGUCGACGCCGCCGAAUGGGCAGCAACAGCAGCAGGUGCAGCAGCGACCGGGCAGUGCUCCCGGGAUGUUACCUAUCUCAACCGGCCGUCCAACUCUCGCACAGAUGGUGGCGGCGGUGGCGAUGGUCAGACGACUCAAGGAGGAGAAUAAGCACGUUCAAUUCCCCACGACCCGCCCGGUCCACAUAGAUGACGCUCAGCGUCUGGAAUACAACGCGCAGUUCAAGCACUUGCACCGUCUGGUGACGACGCUGGACCAGAAGCUGCCUCAUCUUGCGGUGUGCAUGAGGGAAGACGUGAUCAAGAAGCUGGUGAUGAUGAUUUCUGUGGUCCAGCAGCAACGCGAAAUGCUGUCGAGCAACCCAACGCAGUACUUUAUGCCGCUGCAGUGGGUGCAGCAGAUGAUCAUGCAGGUCAACCAGGCGAACCAUGCGUUCACGACGUGGGUGAACAACGCCAUGCGUUCGGGACCACCUGCAGACGGCAACUAGGCUCAGGUGGGCCCGAGUACGCAUACCCAGCCUGGUCCGUCGACUGGGCCACAACGUCAAGGGCCACUUCCCGUCCCUCGACCUCCCACCGCGCGGCCCGCACCCACACCGUCCGCCUUAUCACCUCCUGCGGCUCCCACAUACACCCCUGCGGCGUCGGCUUCAUCCCCGUUGGCACACGGGAGCCACGGCUGCAAACGCGGGGACUGUGUGGAUGUUAAAGAAUGGGGAGUUUAAGGAGGUUUCACAAACGGGUCCACCAUUCUACCUGGCCAUGUAUGCGACAUCGUUACUGCUGAUGAGUGUAAUGAAUUCAAUUCAAGCCGUUCUCGG